AUGGGCGUUCGCCACCGGCUCCCUCACAAGGCUGCCGGUGACGGAGAUGCUCCUCGUGUCCAUGCCUCCGACGCUUCGGCCAUCCAGGCCUCCGAUGCCCUGCCGCUUCCGAUCCGGCAUACCAACAUAUUCUUCUCGGUUCUGUUCAUGGCGGCGCUCUACUUUCUCAUGUGCCGCUGGCGAGAGAAGGUCCGUGCAUCGUCGCCGCUCCACCUGCUCACCCUAUCCGAGAUCCUUGCAUUCGUCUGCCUCGUUGCGUCCCUCAUCUACCUCAUUUCUUUCUUUGGCAUCUCCUACGUCCAGUCCUCCAUCCUCUCCCACGAUGACAUCGACGAGAAGGUCGACGUCGUGGAAAGCAGCCAGCCCCCUCUCCCGCUCCACCGCUUCCCACCCACCGCGGCCAUGUCAACCCCUCCUCCUUCACCCUGCCCCCUUCUCACCGAAAUCUCCGACGCGAAGAUCCUGUCUGUCUGUCCAAAUGAUGAGGAUGAAAACAUCGUCCAGUCUGUGCUCUCAGGCGAGAUCCCUUCUUAUAUUCUCGAAUCAAAGCUCGGCGACUGCCGGAGGGCGGCCGGGGUGCGGCGCGAGGCGGUGAGGAGGAUGACGGGGAGGGCAAUGGAGGGGCUCCCCCUCGAUGGAUUUGACUACCAAUCGAUUCUAGGGCAGUGCUGCGAGAUGCCGGUGGGGUUCGUGACAUUGCCAGUAGGGAUCGCUGGGCCCUUGGUGUUGGAUGGAUUGAGCUACUACUUGCCCAUGGCCACGACAGAAGGAUGCCUGGUCGCCAGCACCAACAGGGGCUGCAAGGCCAUCGCCUUGUCCGGGGGAGCCCAGAGCGUUGUGCUCCGGGAUGCCAUGAGCAGGGCACCCGUUGUCAGGUUCGCCACUGCUCAGAGAGCCGCCCACCUCAAAUCCUUCUUGGAGGAACCGGUCAACUUUGACACCCUUGCCACCGUCUUCAACAGGUCGAGCAGGUUUGCAAGGCUGCAAGGCAUUCACUGCGCGCUGGCAGGGAGAAACGUUUACAUGAGGUUUAGUUGUAGCACGGGGGAUGCGAUGGGGAUGAACAUGGUCUCCAAGGGCGUCCAAAACGUUCUGGACUAUUUACAGGCUGAUUUCCCUGACAUUGACAUCAUCAGCAUCUCUGGGAAUUUCUGCUCAGAUAAGAAGCCGGCAGCUGUGAACUGGAUUGAAGGAAGGGGCAAAUCGGUUGUGUGUGAGGCUACCAUCAAGGAGGAGGUGGUAUUGAAGAUUCUCAAGACCACCGUUCCUGCACUGGUGGAGCUCAACACUAUCAAAAACCUUGCUGGCUCUGCUGUUGCUGGUGCCCUGGGUGGGUUCAAUGCUCAUGCUAGCAACAUCGUUACAGCCAUUUACAUUGCCACCGGGCAAGACCCUGCGCAGAAUGUGGAGAGCUCCCACUGCAUCACUAUGAUGGAAGCUGUCAACGGCGGCAAGGAUCUUCACAUCUCUGUUACUAUGCCAUCCAUUGAGGUGGGUACAGUUGGGGGUGGGACUCAGCUAGCUGCUCAGGCAGCCUGUCUGGAUCUUCUUGGAGUGAAGGGUCCUAGCUUGGAAUCUCCAGGAGCUAAUUCCAGGCGCCUGGCCACCAUAAUAGCCGGUGCUGUGCUGGGUGGAGAGCUCUCACUUAUGUCAGCUCUUGCAUCUGGACAGCUGGUAAACAGUCACAUGAAAUAUAACAGGUCUAGCAGAGAUAUCCCUAAAGCUGCUGCUGCCUGAAGCACCUGUGAACGCCCCUGUUACAGGAGAGCUUCAAUAUUGUUUAUAAGAGCCAUAGGAAGUGAGAACUGAUCAUGCCACCUGUGAACAAUGUGUUAGAUGAGAGCUUCAAUAUGGUUUAUAAGAGCAAAAGGAAGUGAGAACUGAUCAAGCCCCCAAUAGCCGGAUGAGACAAUUGUUUUUUUAGCUUUUCCUAUUUAUAGCUGCUCUUUUUGCUUGUUCGUCUUCCUUUCCUUUUGUAUAUCUUUAUAUUGUCACUGCAGGUUCAUGUCUUUCAAUGUUUAUUGUUUGAAUGGUAGAAACAUCAUUGCAUAUUUAAUGCCUAUCGAUCAAAUUUCUGCUGAA